UUUUCAGUUGAGGAGAGCGGCAGCAAUCGGAACAUGUCAGGCGGAUCCGCUGAUUACAGCAGAGACCAUGGCCCCGAGGGAAUGGAUCCUGAUGGUGUCAUUGAGAGCAAUUGGAAUGAAAUUGUUGACAAUUUCGAUGACAUGAAUUUAAAAGAAUCCCUUCUGAGAGGAAUUUAUGCCUAUGGUUUUGAGAAGCCUUCAGCUAUCCAGCAACGUGCUAUUAUUCCAUGUAUUAAAGGGUAUGAUGUGAUUGCUCAAGCUCAGUCAGGUACUGGCAAGACAGCCACAUUUGCUAUUUCAAUCCUGCAACAGUUGGAGAUUGAUCUCAAGGAGACCCAAGCACUAGUAUUGGCCCCCACCAGAGAACUGGCUCAACAGAUCCAGAAAGUUAUUUUGGCACUUGGAGAUUAUAUGGGCGCCACUUGUCAUGCUUGCAUUGGUGGUACAAAUGUUCGCAAUGAGAUGCAGAAGCUCCAAGCAGAGGCUCCCCACAUUGUGGUGGGAACUCCUGGACGUGUAUUUGAUAUGUUAAAUAGGCGCUAUCUGUCACCUAAAUGGAUCAAAAUGUUUGUCUUAGAUGAAGCAGAUGAAAUGUUAAGCCGGGGGUUUAAGGAUCAGAUCUAUGAAAUUUUUCAGAAGUUAAGCACAAACAUUCAGGUUGUAUUGCUCUCUGCAACUAUGCCAAUGGAUGUGUUAGAAGUGACCAAAAAGUUCAUGAGAGACCCUAUUCGUAUUCUAGUGAAGAAAGAAGAAUUGACCCUUGAGGGUAUCAAGCAAUUCUACAUUAAUGUGGAAAGAGAGGAAUGGAAGCUGGAUACCCUGUGUGAUUUAUAUGAAACUUUGACUAUUACCCAGGCUGUUAUUUUCCUCAAUACAAGAAGGAAAGUAGAUUGGCUUACAGAGAAAAUGCAUGCAAGAGACUUCACUGUUUCUGCUCUGCAUGGUGACAUGGAUCAGAAGGAGCGAGAUGUUAUCAUGAGAGAGUUUAGGUCAGGAUCAAGCCGUGUCCUAAUUACUACUGAUUUGCUGGCUCGUGGCAUUGACGUGCAGCAAGUAUCGUUGGUUAUAAAUUACGAUCUGCCAACCAAUCGUGAAAACUAUAUUCACAGGAGUCGCUAGCCCAGUUGAUGACGAGAUGGUGCUCAGAAACGACGACGUAAUUUAGGACGUGGAUUCGUAAGCGGCACACUGUUUGCAUAAAGAGCGAGUUGGUAUUUAUAUACUUUUCUUUUGUAAUGACUGUUGUGAGCUAUGUUUGUCUUAAAAAGCUCUUAAUGGUUUGACCAGGUAGAAGCAGAAGUUGUGGGUUUGUCAACCUGUAGAUCUACUGUGUGCCCAGUACUGUUUAAUUUUUAAGUUGUUUGUUUUGACAGAUGGUGAUAAGUUUUCCCACUGAUGAAUAAAAGUUCUUUGUCUCUUUGAAAAUACAGUAUUAACUCUUGGCUUUUAAGAACUGCAAUUGGAAUGAGAGUCUCUCUGAUUUAAAACAAGCUUGGUAAUUUGGAGGCUGACAUCAAGCUCUGUCCGUGUUCAGAAGAAAUGGUGUGGGAGAACUUUUUGCCAAAGUUCUCCAAAAUAAGGAGGGGAUGAGAUCAGCAAAAAAAUUACUUGGGAGUCACGUUGAAUGUAAUAUAUCCUGUCUACACCAAAACUGAGAAGCUGUUCUGUAAUCAGAGUAUUAGUCAAUAUUUGCUAUGCUUUUAAAAUGCUCAGGCCAACAAAAUAGCAUAAGAGAUUGUAAUAACAUUAAUCUGGCAAUGAGUGUCAUUACUAGUUUCUGGCUCCCUCACCCCAAAACAGGUUUUGUUAUUUGUCAAAGAAGACUAAUGUUCAAUGUCUUUGCUUUGUUUGCAGGAUUGGUCGAGGUGGUCGUUUUGGCAGGAAAGGUGUGGCUAUAAAUUUUGUCACUGAGGAGGACAAGCGGAUCCUUCGGGAUAUUGAGACUUU